AGGCUGCGAGGGGCGGGAGCUUUGCACUCGCUCUCGCCGGGCCAAGGAUAAAUAGGAGGUGGCUGCGAGCCCUACCAGAGCCGCUCUGCCCAGCGCCCAGCUCCGCCCGACAGCCGCCACCCAGCCAAGACAGACAUGGACUCCCAGGACUGUCCCUGCGCCACGGGUGGCACCUGCACCUGUGGGGACAACUGCAAAUGCAAAAACUGCAAAUGCACAUCUUGCAAAAAAGGCUGCUGCUCCUGCUGCCCAGCAGGAUGUGCCAAGUGCGCACAGGGCUGCGUCUGCAAGGGCCCCCCCUCUGCCAAGUGCAGCUGCUGCAAAUAGGGACCCCUGGCAGCACACCUGGGGGGGCUGCACAGCUAGGGGGCCAAAGAAGAAUAACCUUAUUGUGUAUGUUAGUUGUUUUUUUAUAUAUAUGUGUUCAGAUACCUUUAGUGUUUGUCCCACACAACGUCUAAUAAGCUACAUAAUAAAGCUCUGUGUAUAUAAAGGUCCAUAA